AUGGAUGGAGAAGAGAAAACAUACAGCGGGUGUGAGGGCCCAGAUGCAAUAUAUCUGUUGAUAUCUUCUGAUGUUCAUGAAUCUAUUGUAAAAAGGGAGCAUGCUUUAACAUCAGGAACAAUAAAAGUCAUGCUAAGUGGCCCAGGUCAGCUUGCUGAAAAUGAAACCAAUGAGGUUAAUUUUAGAGAAACUCCAUCACAGGUGCUAUCAAAAGGUUUAAAAAAAAAAGUAUGCAUAUAUUUUACCUACAAGGUUCGCUACACUAACAGCUCUACAGAGAUUCCUGAAUUUCCAAUUGCACCUGAAAUUGCACUGGAAUUAUUGAUGGCUGUGAACUUCCUAGAUUGUUAA